AUGACUGGGGCGUGCGCAGAAAAAGAGAGGCGACCGCAUUCAAUUCAUAUUUCAUUGAACGCUGAUAACGCCGUGACGUAUUACGACCUGGAGAGUGCGGAGGGAGACGCUGUGCCUUUCAGCGUAACAGACUCCGGCGAUAUUCUCGUAUUUGGCGUCAUUGACCGUGAACUUACGGAUGUCUACCGUCUGAAUAUCUUCGCUUUUGACAACGGUAACCCUGUUCGGUCCGCAAGUACACAAUUAGGGAUAAAUGUUUUGGACGAAAACGACAACGUUGCCGUGUUUACGGAACCAAGGUACUCGGCUCUGGUGAGAGCCAACAUUUCCCUUGGAGCUGAGUUUCUGAGAGUUAAGGCUAACGACCGUGAUUUUGGUGAAAAUGGGCGUGUGCUUUAUUUCAUUGGUGGGGCGAACAGUCAUCCGUUCGACAUCGACUCACACACAGGAGGUAUUUCUACAUCUGGUUUUCUUACAGAGCAAAGGUAUAGUUUCCCAGUCAGUGCAAAAAAUCCAAAUUCGUCUACCAUCUCCUCUGCGGAAGUGAUUAUUUCUGUGAUAAGAGAAGAGGAAUUGGCCGCUAUUUUCGAAACCGACAUUGUCACAGCUGAGAUAAGAGAAGGUCAACCGAUUGGUUCUUUAGUUAUCAAUGUCUUGAGCGAUAUUGCCGUAUUAACUGGAGAUAUAACUUUUGAAAUUCUCAGCGAUGUUCCUUUUAGCUUUAAUAAAUUCACGGGUAACAUUUAUACACGUGCCGUGUUAGAUCGAGAAGCAAGAGACUUGUACAAUUUCACCCUCAGAGCUCUGGAUGAUACUCCGUCGGGCAACCAGGUGGCUCCCCCUGAAGAAGUCAUUGUGCUGGUCAAUGUGUCCGACAUUAACGAUAAUCCUCCGUCGUUCGCCUUCCCAGAAAUAAAACUGCAAGUUUCAGAAGACACAGCCGUCGGAAAAAUUUUUUAUACAAUAACAGCCAAAGAUCCAGACUUACUGACAAAUGGCGAUGUGGUCAGGUACGAAUUACUCAACAGCACAGAAGACGGCUGUCCUUUUGGCCUGAACCAGACGCAAGAUGGAGCACAACUGUACCUUGUCAAACCCUUGGAUCGUGAAAAUCUCGCGAGAUAUUAUCUAACUGUGAAAGCCACAGAUGGAGGUCUACCUCCCCAGACCGGAAGUGCCAUGCUAUGUAUCACUGUUGGAGACACCAACGACAACCCGCCAUGGUUCGAAACACAAUCCUCCACUGUGAACAUAUCCAAGCUACUUCCGGUCAACUCUGUAGUUUUUACAGCACAUGCCGUGGAUAACGACCUUGAAGGUAAGUUUGAUUUAUAG